GGUAUAUUACAAUAACGUCAAUAUGAGUAUGAAUAGCUUAAAAAUUUUGGGUGAACGAUAAAAAAAGAAAAACAAGGGAGAGAGAGAAUGCGAGAGAAAACAGGAAUGGUUACUGGUUUGAGGGGGAGACACAUAAGAGGAAUGGUGCAGCAAAUGUUGAAAAUUUGGUACAUUGUCGAAUUUCUUUAACGUUUAUUAACCAGCCUUCUUGCCUCUCUCCGUAUAGGCGUGUCGACUUGAAGGCUGGUGGGGCAUUUGCAGAAGUACCCCUCUUUUAGUUUCUUAGCUUGACUUCCCUUCUCGAAUUACGAGGAUUUUCGUGAUUUAGAAGGGAAGGAAGCUGAAUUAUUCUUUUUUUUUUCUUUUUAUAUUUGUCACCUUCUUGUUAUACAUUAUACAUUAUUACCUUUGUCAUAAUUUAAAUAUCGAAAAUGAGCGUUGUAUCCGGGGUGAUAUCCCGGCAAGUUGUGCCAUGUUGUGGCGCGCUUUGCUGCUGCUUUUGCCCUGGAUUGAGAACACGGUCUCGGCAGCCUGUGAAGCGGUACAAGAAGCUGAUUGCAGAUAUAUUCCCUACUUCACCGGAUGAAGAACCAAACGAUCGAAAGAUCGGAAAACUUUGUGAAUAUGCUGUGAGAAACCCUUUACGGAUACCGAGGAUCAAUGCCACCCUUGAGCAACGCUGUUACAAGGAAUUAAGAAAUCAAAACUUUCGAGGUGUAAGAAUUGUAAUGUGUAUAUACAGGAAGAUAUUGAUUUCAUGCAAGGAUCAAAUGCCUCUUUUUGCUAGUAGUCUGAUAUCUAUCAUGCAUACUCUAUUGGACGAGACACGACAGGACGAAAUGCAAAUCAUAGGAUGCCAAACACUAUUUGACUUCGUAAACAGCCAGAAAGACGGGACUUACAUGUUUAGCUUGGAGAAAUUUAUCCCUAAACUUUGUCAAUUAUCUCAAGAAGUUGGGACCGAUGAGAGAGUGGAGCCACUUCGUUCCGCUGGGUUGCAAGCCCUUUCUUCUCUGGUUUGGUUCAUGGGCAAAUAUUCAUACAUGUCACCAGAGUUUGACAAUAUUGUUUCGGUAGUUUUGGAAAACUAUGGAGCUUCAGUAAUCGACUCUUACAAUCCAAACCAGAGCCGUCGGGUACAAGACGUGCUUAAAAGUGAAAUGAAUAUCUCUCCAAAUGGUUUGACGAAGGUUCCAUCGUGGAGUGCAAUUGUUAAUGAAAAGGGUGAAGUGACCGUGACACUGGAAGAUGCUAAAAGCCCUUGCUUUUGGUCCCGUGUAUGCCUUCAUAACAUGGCUAAGUUAGCCAAAGAAGCUACAACCAUGCGCCGAAUUCUCGAAUCUUUGUUCCGUUGUUUCGAUAACGAGAAUCUGUGGCGUGCUUCACGUGGGGUUGCGUUUCCGGUACUCAAGGACAUGCAGACCAUAGUAGAUGAAUCUGGAGAAAAUACGCAUUUUCUGCUUUCUGUUUUAGUGAAGCAUCUUGAUCACAAAAAUGUCCUUAAACCACCCAACAUGCAACUUGAAAUUCUAGAAGUUAUCACAUCACUUGCACGGGAAACAAAGAUAAAACCAUCUGGCGCAAUAGUCAGUGCGGUAAAUGAUAUCGUUAGACAUUUGAGAAAAGGCAUCUACCAUUCGUCAACCGAGACAAACCUUGGAGUCGAAGUCAUAAAAUGGAACACAAAGUUCCAAGAAUCUGUCGAUGAAUGCCUUGUGGAGUUAACUUCUAAGGUGGGUGAUGCUAGCCCAAUUUUUGAUAUCAUGGCUGCCAUGUUGGAAAACUUAUCCACUGUUAAAAUUAACGCACAAACGACAGUUGCUGCUGUUUACCGUACCGCUCAAGUAAUAGCCUCAUUGCCACAUAUGGCAUAUAACAACAAGGCAUUUCCGGACGCACUAUUUCAUCAACUGCUUCCUGUAAUGGUUCAUCAAGACAAUGAAACUCGAAUCGGAGCACACCGUAUCUUUUCUGUGGUUCUUGUACCAUCUUCGGUUUGUCCUCAGCCAAGUGCUGGCACGGUGUUUGACCCCAAAACUAUUGCAAGGUCACUAUCGAGAAAUGUUUCGGCUUUUUCUUCUUCAGCUGCCCUUUUGCAGAAGAUGAAAAAGGAUACAAAUACUUUUGGUAAAGAAAAAGUUCGUAAUGAAGCGGAAAAGAAACCCGUACCCAACAAUGUUGGAAUGAUGAACAGAAUCAAGUCAAGUUAUAGCCGAUCAUAUAGCAUGAAAAUUCCAGUUUCUCAAGUUGGAAAGAAUGAUAAUGAGGCUGAUAUACUUAGGCUCAGUAGUCAUCAAAUAUCCAUCCUUUUAUCGUCAAUUUGGGCACAAUCAAUCUCCCCUGAUAACACACCUGAAAAUUAUGUCGCAAUUGCUCACACCUACAGUUUGGUAUUGUUAUUCUCUCGUGGGAAGAACUCCAGCCGUGAGGCGUUAAUCCGAAGUUUCCAGCUGGCACUUUCUUUGCUAAAUAUUUCUCUCAGCGAAGGAGGAUCACUUGCACCAUCGCGUCGAAGAUCACUUUAUACAUUAGCAACCUCGAUGAUCAUCAUUUCAGGGAAAGCUUUUGGUAUUGUUCCUCUUCUUUCACUUGCUAAGGAUACACUUUCUAAUAAGGUGGUUGAUCCGUAUUUGUGUUUGGUUGAUGAUUGUAAGUUGACCGUUAGAUCUGGAUCGGAUCAAACUGAAAACGGUUACGGUUACGGUUCUAAAGAGGAUAAUCGGGCUGCCCAAAAUGCCCUUUCGGAAAUUAAGCUCACACAGGACCAGUCAGCAGAAUCAUUGGCCGCUGGGAUUGUGAAACACUUGGAAACCGUCUCAGGGUCUGAAAUAACAAGCAUUGAGGAAGAGUUGCUACACAGGUUUGUGCCUGAUGAUGUGUGCCCGAUAAACUACGGGUCAAUAGAUAUAUUACUAAAUAAGGGUCGCGCAAAAGAUGAGGUUGCUCCACUCUUUUCUCUCGAUGAUGAUGUCAGCAAACCUAAUUCAGAAAUGGCACUUGAAACGUCUGAACUUUGGAGCGUCGAUCAAUUGUUGGAAUCAGUUAUGGAAUCUGCACAACAAGUUGGUAGAAUGUCGGUAUGCAAUGCACCAAAUAUGUCUUUCGUGGAAAUGACCAAUGGGAUGAACAUGCAACACAGGCCCGCGUAUGAAAACAUUGGAGUCCAAACGCAUGCUGGAAAUUCUUUUAUGGAACAAAGUGAAGCUCCGACGAUAAGUGAACGUAUAUCAGAUGAACCGUCAUCGUUCAGGCUACCACCUGCAAGUCCGUAUGAUAAGUUCUUAAACGCGUCUAGGAGAUCAUGACAUGAUGGGUUCUUAAACGGGUCUAGGAGAUCAUGACAUGAUUUUACUAGUUGGAGAGUAUAAGUUUUGAGCAAUGUGAGUUGGUAUUUUCAGACUUUUUUUGUUGUACAUGGCGUUUUCACGCUCUCUCAUGAAGGCGCUUGUAAACUGUUGACUAAUAAUAACAAGUCGUGUCUUGAUCCUUUUUUGGUCUUGUAAACUGUUGACUAAUAAGAACAAGUCGUGUCUUGAUCC